AUGCACCUUGCUCACUGUCAUCUGGUGACUGACUAUGACAAGAGCCUCUACAUGAGCACUUGGCUCAAGGAUGGUUCCCCCAAGUCCUGGUUCUGGGCUAUCGAGAAAACCAAGCCCGAACUUCUCAAUGACCAUGCUGCACUUGUCGAGGACUUCCGCAAGCACUUCGGCGACUCUGACUUUGUCAAUAGCCAAAUGGAGAAGAUCAAGAAACUCAUCCAACAUGCCUCUGCUGCGAAGUACGCAUCUGCUUUCCACAAAAUCCUCGUCCAUCUCCCUAUCCAUGAUGACCUCAUCAAGAUCAAUAUGUUCAAGAAGGGUUUCAAGGAUGAUGUCAAGGCACUUUUCCUCAUGAUACAAUCACCCACCACCUUUGACGACUAUGUCGUGCAAGCAAUCACCUUCGACAAUUGCAUCUACGUGCAUGCACAAGAGCUCAACGUCGAUCGAAAGAACAUAAUGUCGAUUCUCCCUGUUCCCGCUGCUCCUCACCAGCUGCACCUUUCUACCACAUUGUACACUCCAGCCUCGACCAACCCUGUCCCUAUGAAGGUCGACGCCAUUCACUAUCGUGGCCCACUCUCCACUGAAGAGAAGCAGUGCCGUCGCAGCUUGGGGUUAUGCGGGUACUGCAGCGGUAAGCAUGAGAUUACUGCUUGCACAGCCCUUUCAAAGUGCAAUGCUGUGUCUUCUUCAUCUGGCUCCUCUUCCCAGCAGGGAAAAGGGAAGCCAGGGGCUCAUUAA